CUCUUUUUUUAGAGAUUGUAAACAAAUAUGGCCGACCCCGUCGACGAUUUGCUUCCUUUGCUAGGAAUUAUUCAAGCAGAAAAUGAAGACGAGCGAGAAUCUGAUAACAGCGACUAUUCUUCAUCAGGUAGUAGUUGAUCUAAUUUCUAUAUAUUCGCUUACAUUUCUGCAUGUAUCUCAGAUUGAAUUGAUUUGGACCUAGUUGGUGGAGUCCUGAGUAGUACUACAAACAAUCACUCAGAGUGUACUCGUAGUCUUAGUAACCUCAGGAAGGUACUUGCGUCUUGACUUGAACACAAUUUUCAAAUUGAAUGAAUUAACAAAUGGGGGCUAAUUUAGGGUUUAGGUUAGGUUUAGGGAUACAUUUAGGACAUAAGUUUGCGACUUCACAUUUACCCAAAUGGGUAAUCUUGCAGUUCAGGUGCGUAAUUAUUUCUGAUAGAAAUUUGUAUUAUCACUUGUAAAGUUAUUGUAUUCUUUAUAUUGUCCAGCAGUAACUUUUAUUUUUAUUGAUUUGUACAGCCCCCAUUGGUACAUAGCCAAUAGCAUAAACAUCUCCCCAUUUUUUUUUGGUUUAAAUUCACCCUACAUGCCAGAUUGCAAUUUUUCAACUGAAAGCAUAGUCACAAAAAAACCAUGUUAAAAAAAAAAAAAUUAUUUAAAAUUGGAGUGUAAGGCGUUUAUAAUAUAUAUUGGCUAGUUGUAGGAAAAAUUAAAAUAAUGAAUUAAUUACCCUUCGGUACCGGUUUUUGAAUAUGGAUAAUCACGUUUAUGUCAUGUGUACUAAGUUUGAUCUCGUUCCAUUCACCCAUGCCCAUGUUCGGAAUUAUAUUUAUACACCCCAUAUUAGAAAAAAAAAAAUUUUUGGCCCCCAAAAAAAAAGAAAAACCUUAUUAAAGUCCCCCCCCCCCCCCCCCACAAAAUACCAACUUAUAGGUGAUCAAAAUUCUGGCAACAGGGUGAAAAAUACUAAACAAAUGGAGCUAUGGAAGGUUGGAGAUGUUUAAAGACGCUUUAGAAAUAAAAUGAAUAUAAGCGCUGUAUAAUUAAGUAUUAGUUAACUAUCACUGCCUGGAUUUAAUUUAAUGAAGAAUACACUUAAGGUACUUUCGUCAGCCCUUUAACAGGUUAAAAUCAUCCCUCUUGCUGAAGCCUUCAGGUCUCGUCAGAGUGGCAAUGGCAACAGGAUCAAAUUUAAUCUUAAUUAUCAUGCCCAUAUUCUCUUAGCCAUAAAAGUUUUCUUUAAAACCGCGCCAUACUCCUCGACGAUCCCAACAUGCACAAAAUUUUCUCAACCGCGUCUCUCAUUGUGUUCAGAAGAUAUAAAAAUCUUCAAGAUUUCCUUGUUCGUAGCCAUCUCCCUGCUACUCUUUCUCACUUUGGGACCAAGCCAUGUGGCUGCAGCCAUUUUAAAACUUGCUCUUUUGUCAUUCAGAUUUAACAUAAUCCCUUCCCUAAGGGUUGUUUUUAAAUAAAGGACAGUUUCCUUUGCACAAACCGCAAUGUUAUCUAUGUCAUUGUUUGUACCUGCUACCACAUAACUUAUCUGGGCGAGAUGGGUUGGCAUCUUUCUGACAUAUGUACUGUGAACACUUUUGAAAUAUUGCACAAGAUGUACAAUAUCCCAUCUCAAAACACUGUAAAACAAUAGUAUGAUUUAGCUCCUUUAUCAAAAUUCAAGUAUUUUUUUAUAAAUUAUUUUGAAAGGUAAUUUAUUUAUGAUUUAAGAUGGUGAUUUGGAGGAGGAAGGGGAGCAACAAAUGGAUGCAAAUGAUGGCAAUGAAGAAUUAGCUGAAAAUCGAAAUGAACCCUUUGCAGAGCUGAAUCUGGUCAACAGAAAGAGACUCAGCAAAAAAUCAAAAGGAAAAUCAUCAGAAAAGUCAGAGAAACAGAGCUCACCCCCUCAACAAGUUUUUAUCAACUUUGAUCAAUCUCUGCCAUCAACUCAUUCGGUAAUUAUAUGCAGUCAUAAAUCAUAUUAAAAAUGUUUUUUUGUAAGUGAUAUGAGAUAAAAAAAAUAUAUAAAUGUACAUCAUUUUUUCUGAGGUCUAACCUUGUUUUUGAACAUCAGCUUAAGGAUAAUUCAAAAAUUAAUUAAAUUUUUUUAAUUUUUUAAAGUUUGGAAGGUUUUGUUUUUUUUGUGUGUUUUUUUCACCUGACUUUGUUUUCUAGUACCUUGGGAACGAUCUUGAGGAUGUCAGGGGAAGAAUCAUAUUUGAUGAAAAUUCUAUCAUCACAUUGCCUCUGAUGGUGCUGCCAAAUGUUGUGUUAGUUCCUGGUCAGGUUAUUCCGCUCCAGCUCUACAUGCAACGGUUGGUGGCGAUGGUACGAAGAGUAGCUGACAGUGAAAGUAACAAAACUUUUGGUGUCAUUAAUGUGAGGUAAAAUAUAUAUUGUAACGUUAUUCACACAAACUAUUUUCUUACAAAAUUUUGUUUAAAAAAAAAUAAUAAUAUUUUGAAAGUUAGCAAACUUAAGUUCUUAUUAUCCCACUGCAAGUUGGCUAAUGUCACUGUCUUCUGGAUUCAGUGGCUGUUUUAGCGAUAACAUGAAAUCUGUCAAUUUAUGUUUACACAGUAGGGGUUACGACGAGGAAGAGGAGCGACAGCAACAGCAAUUGUCUGCUUUGGGGUGCACGGCAGAAAUUUUCUCUAUGAAACAGGAAAUGGAUGAGCUCUCAGGUAUAUCUACAGUAAGAGUCAAGGCUCGUGGCAGGCAGAGGUUCAAAGUUCUGGAGAUGAAAACAGAAAUUACCGGGUAAUGUAUUAAUUAUUGGCCUUUUAAAAAAGCUAUGGAAAAAUAUACGUCCUUCUUGAAUCUCCGUCUGACUGUAUCAAUAGUUAAAUAUUUUUAACUUGCUAAUUUCAUUCGGAAUACUUUCUGUCUUUAUCCUUAGGGAUCUUGUUGCCAAAGUAAAGAUAUUACCAGAGGUGUCUCUGUGUCAUGCACUGGAAUCUGCACGGUUGCCCUCCCAUCGUAAGCUUAUGGUUCCACCUCCUGAUGAUUGUGAGGAAUUGCUGAAGACUGCGGUUGACAGCCAGGGCCACAUUCUCAGUUCAGUGGAUCUGAGGCGAAAAAAUCCCAUCACAAAAAUGUACUCUGCGCAUAACACCUGGUGGCCACCUUGGGUGUAUAAAAUGUAUGAUAUUGUAAGUAAUGUACAAUAACUGCAUGAUAUUAAUAUUAUAAGUGAUCUAUAAAAAUCAUAUGAUACGGAGAGUAACAUGAUAAAUAUUCUUAAUUUCUAUUGUAAGCAAGUAAGAGAAAAUGGAAAUAAAUAGUGGAAUAAGAUUAUGUUUAGGCUUGAAAAGAAGAGACAGGACAAUUAAAAUAACUUUUUGUUUAAAAACCUUCUUCAGCAGACAAGAAAUAAGAAAUAUUUAGAAAUAAAAAAACUUACGUGUUCAAAAUGUCAAUGUAGCUUAUGUUUAGAAUCUAAAGCAUUCUAUUUUCCCCAAUAUAAAAAGGCUAACUGUAUUAAUCCUUAUUCAAAAUAUUUAAUGUAUUCUUUUUAAAAUAACAGUCAUAUGGCCCAAAAUGUUUUAAAAUAUUCUUUUGAAGAAACCACUGUCUUAUUAUAGACCAGUUAAAAUUCAGGUUUGAUUAUUGAACUAUACCCAGCAAAAAUCAUGCCAGGUAUAUCUUUUGAUGAUAUAGAUGAAACAAUAACAUAUUAACUAUGUUAAAACCAAGUGUCUAAUUCUAUGCAUAUCCUUUAAAUCACAUGUGUAUGUGUAGUAUUUGAAUAAUUGCAGCUCUAAACAUACUAUUUGAAUUCAAAGGAUUGGCUAACAGAGCAGAUUAAAGCAGAACUCCACAGCUGGUGUCCAGCCUCACUACCACCGGACCCUGUUGAGCUUUCAUUCUGGGUCGCCCACAACCUGCCAGUCAACAAUGAGAUGCGGUUGCGUCUGCUUCAGUUUGACUCUGUAGUUCAGCGUUUGAGAUACGGGCUUAGUAUUAUUCGUAAGGUAUUUUUUUUUAAACCUAAGGGCUUUGCACACUAAUUUGUCCAGAAAUGUUUCAAAAAAUUGUUUUGUUGUCUUACAAGUUACAUAAUCAGUGUUUUUCAUUUCUAUUAUUUGAAUCCAUAUUGCUUUUAAAUCGACAUACUAUUUUAACAAUGCAUUUUAAGCUUCAUAUAUUUUAUAUUUCAUAUUUAAAAUACUGACAUUUAAGGUUAAGAAGGAAAUUGUUUUCUUCACACUCUAAAAGUUAAUGUUGACCUAACAGAGUAGCCAACCCUGAAAAAGAGUGCUUUCCCCAAAGAAAUGUAAAAAUGACCGCUCCUUGAGUCUUGGUGGUAUUUUUUUCUUCAAUAAGUGAGGUUUUUGUAAAAGAAAUAAAUGGAAUUGAUGAAUUAUAAAUAAAUUGCCCGCUUUUCAGUAAACAAAAGUUUAAUUAAAAUCUUAUAGAUCAAACGCACAAGAUAACUAAUUAAUUUGAAUUCUUUGUAUUUAUUUGACAGAGUGAUGUCUUACUCCGCUGUGAAACAUGUCAGAAAGAGAUUGCAAGUAAAAAACAUGUGUUCAGCAUGAGCAGAGAAGGUCCGCUUGGGGCUUAUGUUAACCCCGGAGGUUAUGUCCAUGAAAUGUUUACUGUCACUGCUGUACAAAAUUUAUAUAACGUUGGAGGCUCUUCAACGGAGCACAGUUGGUUCCCUGGGUAAGAUUAGACCUUAAAAAUUAUUGUGAUCCUAUUAAGAAGGAAAAAAGCUUCCCUUUUGAUUGCUUUAUUAAUUUAUGAUCUAAUUUACAUUUCAUGCUAUUUGAGGCACUUGCGUAAAUUUACUCAGUUGAAACUACCAUAACAAUGACAAUUUUUUAAUAGCUAAAUUAAUAAUGCAGCGAAAGUUCAUACUUUAGUAUGUAGUUUCAGUAUAUAUUUCUAAAUGCCCAAGAUUUUGGUCACAUUAUUGCUAGAAAGAAAAAAAAAUAAUGGGAAAGUCGGAUUUAUAACAAGUCUAAAUAUUUAUUCAACCAAAUUAAAAAACAAUUUUUUAUUUUCUUCAGAUAUGCAUGGACCAUUAACCAAUGCAAGGGAUGUUACUCUCACAUGGGAUGGAUGUUUACAGCCACAAAGAAAAGUCUUUCACCUCGUAAAUUUUGGGGACUGUGUAGGUCAUCCAUCAAAACCACAUUCGGUUCUGUUCAGAAGGAAGAAGGGGAAGACAAAGUUGAAGGUUUUAUUAUGUAA